CAUUCAUGUACUUGGCAUUGAAUCCUUGAAAAGGUGGAAUGCGGAAUCUGAUUGGCUGGAAGCUCGGGUAUGGACAGAUUCACGGUAUGUGAUUCGCUGAGAGGGAGAGCGGGGCGGGGCUAGUGCUGUAGCUUUUCAUGAGGCAUGUUUACAGCGCUGCUGUCAGAACGAGGGAGAGACCCAGGCAGAGAGGGAGAGAGAGAGAAUCAGGCGGAGAGAGAGAGAGCGAGAGAGAGAGAGAGAGAAAGAAUCAGGCGGAGAGAGAGAAAGAAUCAGGCGGAGAGAGAGAAAGAAUCAGGCGGAGAGGGAGAGACCCAGAGGAAUUGUUCCUGAGAUCAAAACAAGUUUCUCAGAGUCCCAGAGGAUGGAGUUUCGGCUCCCUGGUGUUUCUUCACUGGAGAAGUUUCUGUGUAUCUGAGGCAUGACGUCAUUCCUGCUCCUCAGUGAUGAAAAGCGAAGCUGGCAUGUGACCGGAACCGUCUAACUGUUUAAGCUGGACGAUCCAUCACCGCCAUCAUCAUCAUGGGCGCGAUGGCAGAUCCACAACUCAUCAACCGCCCCCCAGUCACAGCGUUCAUCACCCAGAGCUCCAUUCCUCCUCUACCUCGUACUCCUUCGAGGCCAGGUAACCGUCCCCGGGCGCUUUGGCCGCCGCUGGACUUCACUCUGGGUUCUCUGGCCUGCUGCGGCGCCUGUCUGUUUACCAACCCGCUGGAGGUGGUGAAGACUCGUCUGCAGCUGCAGGGGGAGCUACAGGCGCGUGGCUCGUACCAUCAGCACUACCGAGGGGUGCUGCAGGCUCUCUGGCUGGUGGGACGCACCGACGGCCUGCGCGGCCUGCAGAAGGGCCUCGCCGCCGGACUGCUCUACCAGGCUCUCAUGAACGGAGUCCGGCUCAGCUUCUACUCCUACACACAGGUCUCAGGGAUCAGCGACGUCCCGGGGGGAAACGUGGCAUCGGGGGCGGCUGCUGGGGCUUUAGGGGCCUUCAUUGCCUCUCCUGCUUACCUGAUAAAGACACACCUGCAGGCGCAGACUGUGGAGGCCAUCGCUGUGGGGCACCAGCACAACCACCAGGGAAUCUCCAGCGCCUUUGCUACCAUAUACAGGCGUGAGGGCGUGGUGGGUCUGUGGCGGGGCGUGAACGGCGCCGUGCCCAGGGUCAUGGUGGGCUCAGCGGCCCAGCUCGCCACCUUCAGCUCAGCCAAACAGUGGCUUACACACACACAGUGGUUCAGUCCGGACAGCUGGCUCGUCGCUCUGAUGGCGGCCAUGGUUAGUGGCGUCGCCGUGGCAAUCACCAUGACGCCGUUCGACGUCAUCAGCACGAGGCUUUACAACCAGCCCGUGGACGAGUUGAAGAAGGGUCGCUUCUACACCGGGUUCCUGGACUGCCUGGUGAAAGUGAGCCGCACAGAGGGGGUUCUGGGUCUGUAUAAGGGCAUGGGUCCCGUGUUCAUGCGCCUGGCGCCUCACACUGUGCUCAGCAUGCUGCUGUGGGACGUCAUGAGGCAAAAAGCUCUGCAGCACUACGCGCUCUGAGGAGAUCCUCCUCACCACACCGCUCCAUCACAGGGUUCCGCUCGGUCCUGCAGCCUCGCCUUCGCUCGGGUCUGACGCGGGGAAUUCAGGAGUCUCACACACAGGGACAGAAGCGUGUGUGGAUGUCUGAGGAAAAGCAUCACGGUCUUCCUUUCACUGUACAGACUGAGGAGAGUUCUGGGGUCGCCUCUCGCUGGUCUGGAACUCUCUCUGGAAUCAAAGCGCUCUGGACUUCUCCAAACUUCUGCUCAUCGUCCGGAGAACUCCAGAGAACUCCAGAGGACUCCAGAGGACUCCAGAGGACUCCAGAGAACUGUAGAACUUCCACUGGAUUAGGCUGAUUUGUGUUCCUGAAGAAAAUCAGAGAGAAACGUGUAAAUGUGGAGGAGAAAUCUGGUGGGGAAUUUUAGAUGAAAUAUGAAAACGACACACAGCAUUUAAACACAUUUACACACGACUCCUGCACAUGAAGAUAUCAGAACAGUGAUGAGGAUCAGAAAUGACCUGACGACACGCGGCUGUGUGAAGUCGGGAGAGUUCAGGAAUUCCAGCUGGGGUUCACGGGUUAGUCUUAAAAACUACAGGUGUGCGUGUGUGUGUGUGUGUGUGCGUGUGUGUGUGUGUGAGAGAGAGAGAGAGAGUGUGUGAGAACAUAUUUACUGGUGUGAAAUGAUAUAAAAGUCAUGAAGGACGGAACACACUGUGGUUUUCUGUGUAACGCUGCUUCAGCUCUGCCGCUGUGCCUGAUGCAUUAAAGAGCUGAUUUAUUAUUUUUGAAUGAACUGAACGUUGCAGGCUGAUGAACAGAAGACUGAUGCAGCUGGACCCCAAGUCGAAUGCUGUAAGAUUCAUGACGAGAUCUCUUUAAGCGCUGCGUGAACAUGUUCAUGUCGACCCGAAUCCUUGUAUUUUUUAAUCUGAUAUAAAACGCUUCAUUUGAAGACGCGGUGUUGUCUGUGAUUUAUUGUGACGCUGUUACUCGUUUAGCGUGUACUUAAAGUUGUCCUGGAUUAAUAGAAGAAACAAAUAAACAAACUAACGUAUUAUAGUUAAAAACUAUAGUAUAUAUUAUAGUUUUAAAAAUGUUUAUUUCAAUGUUUAACGGUUUCUUUUUUUGUCUCCAUGCACGACAAAAUCGUAAAAUAAAUAAUAUUUUACAUCCA